AUGUCCACGAUAUCCACUAUUGCCGCCCAACAUGCGAGCCUCGCGCUCUUGUCAGAUGUGCCCCGGCAGCCUCAAGUCAAAGGAGGCAAAGACGCCGUUGCGACAGGAGGUUAUGAUUUCGCAGGUAUUCCUGAGAUAAAUGAUCCAUACAAGAAACGCCAAUGGCAACUCGAGCACAUGGCAGGCGCAUUCAGAGUCUUUGCUCGAAAGGGCUUCACCGAGGGAACGUCUGGCCAUAUCAGUGUUCGAGACACCGUAGAUCCAACGACCUUUUGGAUUAAUCCGCUAGGUGUCCAUUUCGGCAUGCUCAAAGCCAGCGACAUGGUUCACAUCAACGAAGAAGGACAAGUCAUUGGCGGAAACAAGACGGCAGUCAAUGCGGCGGGAUUUGCAAUCCACAGCGCCAUUCACCGCGCCAGACCCGAUAUCAAUGCGGCAUGCCAUACUCAUUCAAAGUAUGGAAAAGCUUGGUCCAGCUUUGGGAGACCGUUGGAUAUCAUUAGCCAGGACACUUGCAACUUUUGGGGCAUACAAGCCGUGUAUAAUGAUUUCGGAGGAGUCGUCCUGACAGAUGAAGAAAGCCAGCGUGUGGUAGAUGCUUUGGGUUCAAAGGGGAGAGUCUUGAUUCUCCAAAACCAUGGAAUUCUGACUGCAGGUGGCACAGUUGACGAAGCAGCAUAUCUCUACACCCUGAUGGAACGCUCGUGCGAAGUCCAACUGCUUGUAGAAGCUGCAGGGUUGGAAAAGAAGAUUAUCCGGGAUGAGAGUGCCGAGUACACUGCGAAAGUCAAUGCCGACCCCGAAACAUUGUAUACUGAGUUUCAGCCCGACUUUGAGUAUGAGAUCUGGAAGUCUAAGGGAGAAUUGAAGAAGGACUUUUGA